AUGCUUGGGAUUCUUUGUGGAAUAUUAAUAUUCUUUUUGCAAUAUGAUAAUGCUGUAACAACGAAUAGUUUCGAAUGGAUCUUAUAUUCGCAUAAUGGAUAUGAUAAUUGUUUAUUGUAUGAUCAACGUUUAUUUUGUCGAGAUCAUGAUUUACUUUCGAAUAAUGUGUCAUCGUGCACACAAGGAGCCACAUGGUAUUUCUCAACAUUAAAAGAUAAUAAUAUUACUACAGACGAUUUGUUGAAAUGGCGAAUUCCAUUUGAAACUAUUGAGCGUUAUGCAAAUUAUUUAGAUGAUAACUUAUUUAACAGUUAUAUCUGUAAUUGUAGUAAUGAUCGAAUCGGUGCAGCAUGUCAAUAUCUUCUUCCUGUUAAUCUGUCAACUAUUGCUGAGCUAUCGAAAGAUCAUUUACGUGAUCCUGUUGCUCGUGGAUCAGGAUUGUACACAUGUUUAAUUGAUAUGAUCAAGUGUAAUACAGGUUUGCUGUGUUUGGAAUGGCGACAAGUUUGUGAUGGUAUAGUACAAUGUGAGAAUGGAGCUGAUGAGGUCGGUUGUCAUGAAUUUGAACUUCGGAAUUGUUCAUCGGAUGAAUUUCAAUGUCGUAAUUCGAUGUGUAUACCAAAUGAGUUUCUGUUUGAUGGUACGAUUGAUUGUAUGGAUUCAAGUGAUGAGCAAGAAGUAGAUGGAACACAAAAAAUUUUUGGACUAUGCCCAACGACAUCAAUUUGGGAAUGUGAAGAACGUUUAUGUCGAAAAGAUGAAUUUAGUUGUGGAGAUGGUCAAUGUAUUCAUUGGUCAAAUCUAAUUCAUCAUCAAAACAGUUGUAAGAAUACUCGAGAUUUAGCUUAUCAAUGUGAAUUUCAAGGGCUUUCAACCAUCGCCAAUGGCAUUUGUCGACAGAAAGGAAUCGCUGGUCUACCAUCAUUGCAAAAUUCGACAUCAUGUUCAUUAGGUCUUCGUUACUUGUUGACUGGAUAUCAACGCAAACAAUCAUGGAACCAUAUUAUUACCUACUGUCCUGAUUUUAUCCAAUAUCCUGAACAACCUGUAUUAUCACCUGUUCUUAAAAUGUUUUACAAUAUAUCACAUAUUGUCUCAUUCUAUGCUGGACAAAACUUUGGACUUGCAUUACCAAAAAGAACUCCUGAUCUCGUUUGUCUUAAUGGAACAUUCAUAUGCAAUGGCACUCUGAUAACAUCAACCAAUGGUACUUGUUGGAGCUUUGAAAACUAUUUAUCAUUUGCGAAUCUGCCAUUUUUUCCAUUUUCAUAUUUAUUUUGUCAAAUGGUAAAAAAUGAACUACAGAAUAAUUUAUCACGAGAAUACUCUCAACCAUUAAUAAUUAAUUCACAAUCAUUCAUCUGUAAUGAAUUUGUUUAUCCAAUGGCUAUACGACGAAUCAAUGAUGGAUAUAUUGAUUGUUUAUUUGGUGAGGAUGAACAAAAUGAUCAGUACAAUGUCACUCUUCCAUAUCGUUACCGAUGCUCCGAUUUAUCCACCACACAAUAUGUUAGUUAUCAAUUAUUAGGUAACGGAAUAGAAGAAUGUGCAGAUGGAAGUGAUGAACUUUCUAAUGCAUUAAAUUGGCAUUAUUUUCGAUGUGAUUUCGGAGAAGAAUAUCCUUGUUGGGUGUUUCGUAGUGCAUACAUCGAUAACAUUGAUCGUAUUAAUAAUAUACAACUACCAUUUCAUCGAUACUGUGAUUCCGUACGAGAUACGAGAGAUGGACAUGACGAAAAAAAUUGUUCCCAAUGGGUUUGUCCUCAAGACAUGUAUCAAUGUCGAACUACUGGACAAUGUAUUAAUAAAGAUAAUUUAUGUGAUGGAGAUUUUGACUGUGAUAAUGGUGAAGAUGAAUUAAACUGUUCCAUAACAAAAUCUCGAUGGAUACUUGAAGAUCAAUGUAAUAAUACUAAAGAGCAUUUUUGUAUCACGCAACACUUUCUCAUGAAUCAAACAUUGCAUCGACCUUGCAUAGAUUAUUGGAAAGCAGGUGAUGGACAAUUUGAUUGUAUGGGGGGACGAGAUGAACGAAAUGUUUUUGUUUGUCCUGAUCAUCAUAUAUUAGGUGAUCGAUUUCUAUGUGAUAAUGCAACAAAGUGCUUAUCACAUACAGCUAUAUGCAAUAGUAUUAUCGAUUGUUAUGAUCAAACAGAUGAGCUUAUCUGCUUUUGGACCAGACAUCGAUGUAUCGAAAACAACUUUGCCUGUUAUGAUAAUAGGACUUGCACGCUUGAUCGAUGUUCUUCUAAAAAUAAUUGUCCUACUAAUGAAAAUUUAUUUUGGUGUCCAAAUCCAUAUGAAAGUAAUUAUAGAAUAAGUAAAGUUCGACGCCGUUCAAAUUACCUGUUAUUCUGUGAGAACGUGGAGCUGUCUAACACAUCAGGAACGUUACCCUCGAAUACCGACACCAAACGGAUGUCUGAUCCACAAUUACAUGGGUAUUGCAAUCGUGGUUUCUACUUAUUAAGUGGAAAUGGAAAAGAGCCUGUAUGUUUCUGUCCACCUAGUUUCUACGGACAUCGUUGUCAAUAUGAUCGUCUUCGUAUUACUAUACGUAUUCGUUUUGAUCGUAUACAUCGUUCAGACCUACCACCACUACUUCAUGUUCUGGUUAUACUACUCCACAACAGAACCUUUAUUAUUGAUCAUCAAAGAUUUAUCGAUAUCCAUGAAGAUUUUCCUCAAAAACAUAGAGCUUACUUAAUAUAUUCUUAUCCAAAUCUCAGUGGUAAUUAUUCAGUUCAAUUCCAAGCAUAUGAUGGGCUUGAACUCUUGUCUGUAUGGGAAUAUCCAAUUAGCACUAUUGGAAUUCUUCCUGUGUUUCAAUUAGCUAAAAUACUUCGAUUUCCUGAUCGUUCUUUACCAUGGCGAUGUCUUCAUAAUCAUUGUCAAAAUAAUGGAUCAUGUUAUAUAAUCGUUAAUAAUGAUGAAAAUAGUUAUUUUUGUCUUUGUCAAAGUGGUUGGAAAGGAAAUCUAUGUACAGAACCUCUCAAAGAAAACAAGUGCUCAUUACAUGCUCUUGCUCUAGAUAAAGAUCUAUGUGUUUGUCCAAGUGGGUAUUUACCACCUCAUUGUUUCGUUCGUAAUACUAUUUGUGAAAAACAAAUUUCUAGUUGCUCUUCAACAAACGGAAUCUGUUUACCUUUUUCUACUUUACCUCCUCAUGAAUAUUGGUGUUUUCACGAUAGCUUCAAAUCUGAUGGAUCAUCUAAAUCUAUGCUGAUGUUAAACAGACGAAAGCCUAAUGAAGAAGCAUUUCUCUUACAGUUAUUGAAAAUAUCUCAAGACUAUCCAAAACUACGACAGCAAAUGCUAAUACCAAAAUUAACAUCUUUUCCUAUUACCUUUGUCAUCAGUACUAGAGAUAUGAAAUUUUAUAUGACUUUACCUGAAAUUGGUAUCUUGUAUACAUAUGAACGUCGGCGAGAUUUUGUGGCUGUCCAUUUGAGCAUGCUCUAUGUUAACUGUAGUAAUAGCUUACGAAAUUUUACUGUGGAUCUUGAUUCUCAACCUUCGCAAUGUAAGUCAGUUUCUAAUCGAUCACCAAUGACACUCCUUAACACUUUCUGUUGGCAAUCUGAAGUUCGAUCAUGUUUUUAUUCGCAGAAUUAUAUUUGCUAUUGUAAAAUGAAGACAAAUCGUAGCGAAUGUUUAAGCUACGAACAGCGAAAUGUGCAAUGUGGUCAUUGUCUUAAUCAAGGUUAUUGUAUUCAAGGCAAUUUGCGAAAUAGUAGUGAUUUUGCUUGUGUUUGCCCAAAAUGUGUAUUGGGUGAUCUUUGUCAAUUUUCUACCAGUCGGUUUUCUAUCGAACUUGAAAUGCUUAUCGAACAAACACAAGGCAGUCGACUUCAUUUACUUGUACCUAUUAUUUUCUUUUGUUUUGGAAUAAUCUUCAACACUUUAGAAAUUAGUACAUUUAUGAAACAAAAUGCACGACAAGCUGGCGCGGGUCUUUAUCUUCUGAUCAACGGUUUUAUUAGUCAAUUUGUACUUGUUCUUCUACUAACUCGUGUUAUAUAUUUAAUUUUUGUUAAACAAAUGACACUGAGUUUAAUUACAAAUCAAAUCUUAUGUAAAUCGUUACCUUAUCUAAUGACAACUUUCAAAAAUAUUAGCAUGUGGCUUAUGAGUUUUGUAACUGUCGAACGAGCUUUAGCAGUUACAUGGCCUUUACACUUACGAAUGUUUCGUACUCCUCGUUUUGCUAAAUUGAUUAGCAUAGUGACACUUAUAUUUCUCUUUAGUUCUCUUUACAUGCUUAUCAUUGAGUAUAAAAUAGUCAUUCGUCCCGAUCGUUCUUACAUCAGCUGUGUCAGAGAAGUUCCAUCGCAUAAUAGAAUUACAGUACAAUAUACAUCUCUAGCACAUCAACUUCUUCCUUUUCUUCUUAAUCUUAUCGCUGGAAUUACAGUAAUCAUCAAUCUCGGUCGUUCUAAAGCACAUAGUCAUCAAAAACCAUCUCGUUAUACAAUCGCUGAACAAGCUCGUCAACGAGCUGAUCUACUAAUUGGACCGUUCAUUUGUUUCAUAUCUGCAUUACCACAACUCAUCAUAUUAUUUUUAGAUGCAUGUAAUUAUGAAGAAAUUAUUCCAACAAUUAUUGUUACAGGAAACAAAAUAAAAAAAGAAGAAACAUCAACAAUAGAGAUAACAACAAUAGCAACAGCAACAGAAGAAUCAACUACAGGAAUAAUAAUGACUAGUGGAUUGUUGACAACAACAGAAGAACAAUUACUUCCUCCUGUUAUCGUUAGUAGCAAUACGACAUGGAAACAGAAUGCAUCUACUGUUGCUGGAGGAAAUGGCCACGGAAGUAAAUUAAAUCAAUUAGAGUAUCCUUGGGGUAUUUAUGUUGAUGAUGAUGAUCACAGUAUCUAUAUUGCUGACACUGUCAACAAUCGUAUUGUUAGAUGGGAAUUUGGUGCAGACAAAGGUGAAAUAGUUGCAGGUGAAAACGGACGAGAACAUAAACUUGAUCGAUUAUUUCAUCCAACCGAUGUAAUUCUUGAUAAAGAGAAGAAAUAUCUCAUCAUUUGUGAUCAGGCCAACUCCCGAGUGGUAAAAUGGUCUCGUCAAAAUAGUCAGGAUCAACAAAUAUUGAUACAUUCUAUUGGUUGUCAAGGUUUAGCAAUGGAUAAUAAUGGAGAUCUUUAUAUUUCCGACUGUGAAAAUCAUCGAGUGAUACGUUGGCAAGAUGGAGAUAAAAAAGGUACACCUGUAGCAGGUGGAAAUGGAGAAGGAAACGAAUUUAAUCAACUUAGUUGCCCUGGCUAUAUCUUUGUCGAUAAAAAUCAUUCAGUUUACGUAGCAGAUCAGGGGAAUGAUCGUGUGAUGAAAUGGAUGAAAAAUGCGAUUGAGGGCAUUCUUAUUGCUCCCGAACAGAUUUCUGACAAAAUUCCAAGUUCAAUGGUUGCUCCUACAGGUGUGAUUAUUGAUUAUAUGGGUAAUGUUUAUGUGUCGAAAUUUGCUAGUCAUCAAAUAAUACGUUGGUUACCAGGUGCAAUAGAAGGUACUCCUGUUGUUGGUGAAAAAGAAGAUGGAAGUGAACCCACGCACCUCUCACACCCACAUGAUUUAUCAUUUGAUCGACAGGGUAAUCUUUAUGUUGUCGAUCAUUACAAUGCUCGAAUUCAAAAAUUUGACAUUGAUCUUGACUGA